UUAUGAACAGUUUGACCAAAGACGGUAAUCUUGAUUCAUGGCUGCAAUGUCACUGUCCCAACAUAUCAGAAAUCUCCCUAAGGCCAUGUGGAGAUGACAUGAGAAGCUGCGGUCCCGUAAUUCUGUCAGAGGGGACUUGGUGAGAAAACAGAGGGGAAGAGGCCUGACCAAUCUUAUGUCAACAUGACGUUCCCCUUCUGUAGAAAUGCCGUAACAUUCCCAUGAUGCUUUUACCAGAGCACUCACACGAAUGGCCUGCUGAACUUCUGUUCAGUUCGAUGGGAUAUUUUUAAGGGGAAAAAUUCGCCUGCCUUUUGCUCCCUGAGAGCCCAACAAGGUCCCCUUGCUGAGGCGUUCUCCAGGGCCGAUGCGUUGAUCGGAUCCAGAUGCUGCUGGAGUGUGGAAGGGGACAGCAGAGGAGCGUGGAGGCUUCGCUGCAGCUUUGAUUGAUAGGGGACCAUGCCGACUCUGCAGAGCUCCGCCAUCCUGCUGCUUUUUAGCAUCCUGGUUGGUCUGAGCUACUCUCUGAACCCAAGAGACCCCAAUGUGUGCAGCCUGUGGGAGAGCUUCACCACCUCAGUGAAAGAGUCCUACUCGCAUCCUUACGACCAUGUGAUAGAGGAGCCCUGCUCAGACCCUCGGACCUCCUACAGAUGCACGCGCCACAGGAUCACCUACAAGACAGCCUACAGGCAGGCGGUGAAGACCGACUACCGCAAGAGGUACCAGUGCUGUCCAGGCUAUUAUGAGAGCGGAGACAAAUGUGUCCCUCGCUGCACCAAGGAGUGCGUCCACGGUCGAUGUGUUGCUCCGGAUCGUUGCCAGUGUGAGGGAGGCUGGCGAGGCGACGACUGUUCCAGCGCCUGCGAUGACAAUCACUGGGGGCCAGACUGCACUCAGCAGUGCAAAUGUGAGAAUAGAGCUCUCUGCAAUCCUGUGAAGGGGACCUGUGAGUGUCUUCCAGGGUUCAGAGGACGAUACUGUGAGGACUCCUGUCCAGCUCGCACCUUUGGGAAGGACUGUCUGCAGAGCUGCAAGUGUGGGACUGGAGGAUCCUGCAAUAAAACAACCGGCGAGUGCAUAUGUCGGGAUGGAUACACUGGGACUUUCUGUGACAAGAAGUGUCCCAGAAAAUGCCAGGCAAGAUGCCCCUGCCAGAAUGGUGGCAUCUGUAAGGGCAAAGGGAUCUGCGACUGCCCCCCUGGAUGGACGGGUGAAGUUUGCACAGAGCAAUGUCCAGAGGGACGGUUUGGACCACACUGUGCUGAGGAGUGUGUCUGCCACAACGGGGGCAAAUGCGACCCCAAAACCGGACAGUGCAAGUGUGCUAAAGGCUUCACUGGUAACAGGUGCAACGAGGAGUGUGCUGCAGGCACUUAUGGUGAGGACUGUAAAGGUGUGUGUGACUGUGCUAAUGGUGCACGCUGCUACAACAUCGAUGGAGGCUGCUUAUGCGAGCCAGGUUUCAGGGGACCACACUGCAGGGACAGGAUGUGUGCACCUGGCAAAUAUGGCAUGCACUGUGAACGCACCUGUCUCUGCCAGGAUAAACACACGCUCAGCUGUCACCCGAUGAAAGGAGAGUGCACAUGCCAGCCCGGGUGGGCAGGACUGUUCUGUAAUGAGACCUGCCCUCAUGGUUUCUACGGUCAUGGUUGCCUGGAGCCGUGUCUGUGUGUGAAUGGAGGGGUGUGUGAUAGUGCCACCGGCCAAUGCCAAUGUGUGCCCGGGUUCAUGGGGAUUCACUGUGAGAGUACAUGUAAAAGUGGCACCUAUGGCAAGAACUGCUCCCUGGAGUGCUCCUGUGACAACCAUGUUGACUGCUCACCCACUGACGGGACUUGCUUCUGCAAAGAGGGCUGGAGAGGGUCUGACUGUUCCACCCCCUGCUCUGAGGGAACCUGGGGCCCAGGAUGCAAUGCCACCUGCCACUGUGCCAACGGGGCAAAGUGUAAUGCUGCAGACGGAUCCUGCACUUGCACAGCUGGAUGGCGGGGGGCGCGCUGUGACCAACCCUGCCCGAUGGGCACGUUUGGGCCAGGCUGUCUGAAGAGGUGUGAUUGUGUUCAUGCCGAUGGGUGCCAAGCUACCACCGGGGAGUGCCACUGUCUGCCAGGUUGGUGGGGUUCCCGUUGUAGCGAGCCGUGUUCAGAGGGCCUGUGGGGGCGCCACUGCAACCAGACCUGUUUCAAGCAUUGCCCCAACAGUGACACGUGCCUGAGGGAAACUGGAGCGUGCGUGUGUCGUCCAGGCUACUGGGGAGUCACCUGUCAGAACAAAUGCAGAGCUGGCAUGUAUGGCGACCAGUGCAGCAUGUCCUGCCCAUCCUGUGGCCAGUCGUACCGCUGCCACCAUGUAACAGGAGAGUGUGAUUGCCUGCCGGGAUACACCGGAGCCAACUGUGAUCAAGUUUGUCCAGCUGGCUACUAUGGCAAACUGUGCUCUGAAGUGUGUAUCAACUGUGCCAACAACUCCACAUGCGACCACCGGGACGGUCACUGUGAAUGCUUGCCUGGCUGGACUGCAACUGACUGCUCCAUACCCUGUAGUCCAGGACGGUUCGGAGCCUUCUGUUCUCAGACUUGCUCCUGUCCAGCUGGCCACAUCUGUGAUCGAUUUACUGGAGACUGUGUGUGUGAAAGUGGAGGAGAUGACUGUAAACAAGACUCGUCUGAGCAGUCAGGGAGCGUUAUGGUUCCUCUUCCUCCUGGUGAGAGGGAGUCCUGGGGAGCCAUCGGUGGCAUCGUCGUGCUCGUCAUCCUGGUGGUGUUGCUGCUGGCCCUGCUGCUGCUCUACCGCCGCAGGCAGAAAGACAAACAGAACAACACGCCGAGCGUCUCCUUCUCCACCAGCCGCACUGUCAACUCUGAAUACGCUGUUCCAGAUGUUCCUCACAGUUACCACCACUAUUACUCCAACCCGAGCUACCACACACUGAGCCAGAACAGGCCUCCGCUUCCACACCUCCCCAACAACCACGAGCGCACCAUCAAGAACACCAACAACCAGCUGUUCUGCAGUGUGAAAAACAUGGACAGGGAGAGACGUGGCCUGUUCGGCGUGGAGACCAAUGCCACACUACCUGCGGACUGGAAACACCACGAGCCCCGCAAAGACUCAGGAGCUUUUGGAAUCGACCGGAGCUACAGCUACAGCGCCAGCCUCGGAAAAUAUUACAACAAAGAGCUAAAGGACACGGUGGCGGCGAGCAGCAGCUCUCUGAACAGCGAGAAUCCUUACGCCACCAUCAAAGACCUGCCCGGCCUGCCUGGCCUGACCGGCCUGCCCUUCUGCCCGCCGGAGAGCAGCUACAUGGAGAUGAAGUCCGCCGUGCCCAGAGAGCGAGCGUACACCGAGAUCAGCCCGCCUCCGUUCAACACGGCCACCCUGCGCCGAGAACGUCAGAGUUCCCUCGGUCACGCUCCACCUGAGGAACCCCAGAAUCACUACGACCUCCCGGUGAACAGCCACAUCCCGGGACACUACGACCUGCCGCCGGUCCGCCGACCCCCCUCCCCCAGGAGAACAACUCAGUGACAGCCUGCGCAGCCGAGCAAGUUUCCCUCCUCCUCGUCCUCUUCCUCCUCCUCCUCCUCCUCCUGUUUGGGGACGACUUCAGGCUGCGCUCGCAAAUGAAGAGCAAACUUUAGGCUGUUGUGAAGAUCAGAGCUGUAGACCACCCACAGAGCAGCGGCGAGGCGCCCGUCCCGCAGACGAACCACUGUUUACAGUGGAUGCCCCCCACCCCUUUCAACUCAACACUGCCCCACUGUGGGCUGAAGUGGUACUUGCUUCAAAGUGACAGGCUUGACAUCCAGGCUGUGGUGAGGAAGGCUGGACUGUGGUGACGCCAGCCGGUCUUCAGCUGCACUCACCUCCCAUGGGAACAGAUACGCCACAAGACUGUGCAACUUGGCAGCAACUUGGGAAUGUUUCAUUGAAUUUUUCCUCAUGUUUUGCUUGCUACUGACCGGCUUUUAUCAGAAUUCAGUUUUCUUCUGUCUUCAUAAUCAAAAAUGACUAAUGUAGACGUUUGAAGUUUCUGUUUUGCUUUUUUAUUACAUUUUCAAAGUCAAGACUUUUUUAACAGGCAGCUUUGGAUGAACCCAUCACAGCUGGACAUUUAAUUUCCUCACCCAAAAAAAGGAAAGAGACAAAGUUAAUGGGACUAAAUAAUGCAGAAAAUGCUGCCAGAGUCUCUUGUCUGUGAUGCAUUAUAAAAAAUAUUGCUUCAUGUGCUGGUUGCUGAAACCAGAAUACCAAAGAUUUGUUCACCUCCAGAAGGCCCAGUGCAGUUUAAAGAUAAUUCAUGUCAUUAUUUCUUCCACAUGUAGAAUUUAGAAAUGCAAUGAUUCACAUCCUCUCGUUUGUUGAAACAAAUGUGGCUCUCUUAUUGCUGCUCAGAUGAAAACUUUGUAAAUAUAGAGAUAAAUAUAUUUUUAGCUUCACAGUAAUGUAGAACAGUCCUAUUUUAAGAUGACUGUGUUCAUAAGGGGUUUGUGUGACCAAACAUCAUACACAUUCGAGUAUGAAUCGAGUGGAUGCCAAAAGCUCAGUGUUAGCACAAACAAUGUUUACGCUGUUAAAAAUAAUCCAAUGGAAACAAGCCAAAUCAAAGAAGCAUUAUGAAUGUCAGUGCUGUGUCCUGCAGCAACCUUUAUGUGGCAUUUAAAGGGCCAGUUUACCCAAAAGACACAAAACAUUUUUACUAUCUUCAGAGCCCUCCAUCGGUUUAUCAUCACAUUCCUCAAACAUUGUCGGACUCACGAUGUAAAGUCUGAAAAACAUUGGUGCCUACAUUACCCAUCAUGCAACAGUGCAACCUCCAACAUUAUGCAGAUUCAGGUUUGCUGUGCUAGUAGCAGCUAAUGUAGCCUGGAGCUGCUAGCCUGGAGCAUAGAUGAAGAGGGCUGAUAACGUUUAGCAUUUUUUAACUUGUAGUUUUCAGCCUCAAGUGACAUCACUUGAGGCAACUUCUCUCAACCACAAAAGGCUUCAGACAACUUUUGUGAGAUUUCUGCUGCCACCCCAGCGUUACUGUGAGACGUUUUGCUCUUGUAGUGAAACGCAGUCCAUAUGAAACCAGUUGACCGUUUGUUCUGGUGUUUUGUUUUGUUUUUUUUCAAAAUUUUCAAUGUUGUGAGCACCACAAAUCAAAUUAAAUGAAUCGAAUUGACUUCCAUUCACCUCCAUUUUUUAUUGGACGCAGAAAUAUGACACUUAAAAAAAUGGACAAUUUGAAACCAAAACUAUCCGCAUGGCCAGAUACUGCGUGUGUGAAUUCAGCUCAUGAAUUCACCAAGUAGCCUCAAACUAUGUAAACUAUUGCAGUCAGUUUGCUUUAACGUUUGUUUGUUUUUUAAGGCCUGUGUUCAUGUUUUGUCAUUAUUUCUCAAAACUGUAUUUAAUCAAAAUCUUGUGUUUCCUGUCAGUUACAUUAUAGAAACCCUGUGUACCACAAAGAAUGUACAUUGAGCUUUAAAUGCUAUAGUUAUGGGCAGCGCUUCAGUUUUUUUUAUGUAUGGCCAUAUAUUUUUGAAUGUAUCCAUGGCAACGUGUGUAUAUAAUGUAAAUAAAACUGCUGCACUUUUCA